GAAUUGAACUAUGUGGUUAUUUUUUUUACUAGUGUUGUGCUUAGUGUAUUCGUUAUGGCGGUUGCGCUACUUCGCAUCGAAUGGAGUGAAGACUCUGGUACCGGUCCCGUUUUUGGGGAAUUUGGCGGCGGUCACUUUUGGACAAGAGAACUUUGUGGAGGUUAUAGAAGCUGGUUAUAAUAAGUUCAAAGAUCAGAGAUAUUUCGGCAUCUACCAGUACCACGUGCCGACGCUCGUGCCAUGCGACCCGGAGCUCAUCCGCCGCAUAAUGGUGGCUGACUUUGCGGCCUUCAGCGACCGAGGGGUCCACAUUGACCAGGACUGCGACCCGCUGUUUGGGAGGAACCUCAUCAUGCUGAGAGGUUCAAGAUGGCGCACGAUGCGCGCGGCACUAACCCCAGCCUUUUCUGCCUCUCGCUGUCGUAGCAUGGCGCCACUUAUGGCAGUCUGCUCGAAAAAUGUGCAGGUGUACCUGCGAGAGCGAGUGCGACAAGAUACACAGCUAGAUGUUGAUGAGAUCUCAACAGCAUACGUGAACGACGUGAUCGCGUCAUGCGCGUUUGGGUUCGCGACGGACUCCCUCCAGGAGCCGCACAACUGCAUCUUCCGACUGGCGAAGCGGGCUGUCGUCCAGGAUACCACGCAGAUAAUGAAGUUUUUCGGCUACGAAAACAUGAAGACGCUCAUGCAGUUGCUGAAGGUGAAGAUUAUAAAGACCGACGACGCGGAACAGUUUGGCGAGCUGUUUAAAUCUGCCCUGCGUGCACGCCGCCACGGAUCCACGCCCAGGCCGGACUUCAUACAAACUCUCGUGGACGCCGCGGAUUUCUCCGACGACGACCUAGUCGCGCAGGCCGUGCUGUUUUACAUCGCCGGCUACGACACGACGGCAAAUCUCAUCAAUUAUUUCCUUUACGAAAUGGCCACCAACCCUACUAUCCAGGAAAAACUGCAGAACGAACUGGACCAGUUACCAGGGUCAAAUGACGACAAGGAGGCAUACGAUAAUGUCCAGGGGUUGGAAUACUUGGAGAUGUGUGUCUGCGAGGUUCUAAGGUUGUGGCCCCUGGUGGGCGCGGCAGAUCGGCGCUCGGUGGCGCGCUACGACUUUGGCCCAAACCAGACCGAUGCCAAAACCCACUUUGUUGCAGAGGCGGGCGUGCACAUAUGGCUACCAGUAUAUUCCCUGCAUCGUGAUGAACGCUAUUGGGCAGACCCACACCAGUGCAACCCGGAGCGCUUCUCUUCUACCAACAAGCAGAAGAUCCUACCAUAUACUUACAUACCAUUUGGUACUGGGCCUAGACACUGCAUCGGGUCCCGUUUUGCGACAACAGCGGCUAAAGUGUUCCUGUCGCAGUUCCUCCGGCACUAUAGCGUCAGCGGCGGUUCCUCGCGACAACUCGACCCCAGGGCCUUCAUUCUGCGACCCAAACACGGGUUCACUCUCACUGUCGCUCUGAGAAACAACAACAACAAUAUAUUAUAGUCAACACUUGAUUAUUAUUGAAUCCUAUAUCAAA